AUGUCGUCUACAGACCCCGAGACCAAGAGAGGGACGUUGCCCAGGGAGGUGGACCACGAAGCGGAGAGGUCAUACGUUCGCAAGGUGGACUUCGUUCUGCUGCCAUUACUUUGUUUAAGCAACUUGGGGAAUGCCAAAACCGACGGACUGGAGCAGGACCUUCACUUCAAAGGCAAUGACUACUCGCUGAUUGUCUUGCUCUUCUACAUCCCGUUUGGGCUAUGCGAUCUGCCCUGGAAUCUGUUGCUCAAGCGGUACUCGGGGCGCAUCAUGCUAUCAUUAAUGACGGUCGUUUGGGGCAUCUUGGCCUUGUGCCAAUGCGCGGCGAAGAGCUUUGGUGGUAUGCUGGCCAUCCGGGUCAUUUUGGGAGUUUUCGAAGCAGGCUUCUUCGCUGGCGCCACCUUCUACUUCACCUUAUUCUAUACUCGCGGGGAGAUGGGCUUUCGACUGGCAAUUAUGCAGUCGUUUGCUGUCCUGGCCUCCGCCUUCAGCGGACUGAUCUCCUUUGGUGUCUUCCAAAUAAACGAUCCUGCUGUGAAAGGGUGGCAGUGGUUGUUUAUCAUUGAAGGGGCCAUGACACUUGUCUGCGGAGUGAUCGGCUUCUGGUGGCUCCCAGACGGUCCAUCCACUGCAUGGUUCCUCACGGAGCGCGAGCGAGCAGCGGCCACGGCACGGCUGCUGCGCGAUACAUCGUCCGAAGUGGACACAGGGUUGAACAUAAAGGAGUGUUUCCAGACCUGGAAUGAUUGGAAGUUCCCGGUCUGGUGUCUCAUCACGUUCACCUAUCCUGUGGCGUACGCCACCGCCAUGAACUUCUUUCCAUUGAUCGUCCAGCGAUUGGGCUACUCGGCCGUCAAGACGAACCUGUGGACGGUCGCCCCGAACAUGGUUGGAGCAGUGGUGCUGCUUGCAGUGGCCAAGUCUUCCGACUACUUUCGCGAAAGGACCUUCCACAUCAACUCGAGGGCGGCAAAUACGGGCUUCUUCGUCGGAUUGGGCAACUUGGCGGGCAUUAUGAGUGCCGCGACGUUUCGCACGGAAUAUGCGCCCCAGUACAUCCCGACCUUGGUGGCUACCUGCUGCUGUAACGGAGUGUGCAUCGUAUUUACGAUCGGACUGGGGCUGUGGAUGCGCGGGGAGAACCGCCGACGCGAUCGAGAACAGGGGGUGAGAUUGCGCGGCGAGGAGGUUGACACGCGAUAUCUGGUAGAUGGGGAGAAGAGACAUCCCUGUCUUAUCAGCAAGGUCGGACAAAGGGCCGCAUAUUUAUUUUGUUCAGCCGGUCGCUCCGACGUGAGGGGACGUUUGCAUCCCACUCUUCCACUCCUCGAGAUGAAGAAUCACGUUUGCCAGUGGCCCAACUGCCGCAAGAGCUUCACACGGGCGGAGCAUUUGCGUCGACAUAGUUUGAACCAUGAGCAGUCGCGCGAUGGAUAUACAUGCGAGCGUUGCUUCGUCCAUUUUAACCGACCCGACCUGCUUUACGAAGAAGCCGGGGGUCCUGGGAUGGGAGUGCUUGAAACACGCAAGAGGACUCGUCGGGCUGGAGAUGGAACCAUCAUUACUCGACCACGCAAGCGACAGGUUCAGCCACACUGCUCGGAAUCCACGACGGCAUCGUCCGUGUCGGUGACCAGUGGACCAGAUCUGGCGCAGAUCUCCCUGGAUCUGGAUGGUCCGACACCACAUGGGGCCCCCGUAUCACCUCCAGGAUCCGCCAGUGACCCACCGUCGCUGUGUUUCGACGACCACGACCCCCUCCUAGCGCCCAUGAUGCCUGGGGGGCCAUUCGAGCCGUUCGUUGAGCCGAUCCCGGGGCAGUUCGACGCAGCCGACGGUGCGUGGAGUGUUGGGAUGGACGGCACAAGUGACUUCUUCAGUGUGGACACAGCAACGGAUUUCAACAUGCCCUUCGCGGCGACGCAUAACUACAAUUGGCUAUUCGACGUGGCGUCGCUAGAUGAUGCUUUUCACCACCUCGACCUGCCGCUCGGAUCGGAUAUGAUGGCCUUCGCGGACGGGUUCGAUACUGGUCGCAAUCCGAUGCUGCCAGUGGCUGGACGAGUGUUUGAGCAGGAUCGCAACGAUCGGGAUUCGUCGUCCAUGCUUCUCGAGGCGGCGUCUUUCAUUGAUCGGGGUGCAUCACAGGGAAAGAUGCCUCUGCAGGAUAGCGGGGACCUCCCUAACCUGGUCGAGCUGGACUGGAUGUCGGGACCAUCAACGUUUGACAACAACACCUCACUCUAUCUUCCGCGACUGAGCGAGGAAACACGACAGGGAGUAUUGAAAUUGAUUGCACAGUCACCACCACUGGGAGCGACGGGCCAUAUCACGGCGGUCGACUCGCCGCUCUUGUCGCUCGCGGCGUUGCAGAACUAUAGUGAUCUGUUCUUUACCCGCUUCAAUACUACGUAUCCUCUCAUCCACCAGCCGACGUUCAUGGCUGCCCACGCAGACCCCAUCUUACUGGCGGCCAUCCUAUCUAUGGGAGCGACGUACGGCACGCGCGAGGCACAUCAAUUGGCGGUGGGGAUCCACGACAACCUCCGCAAUCAGCUCUUUUGCCACGCCGACUUCUCGCCGCAGCCACCGCUCUGGGUCCUGCAGUCGAUGCUGCUAGUCGAUUGUUUUGGGAAAAUGCGGGCAGGACCCAAGCAGCGCGAGCGGGCACAGCUCUUCCACUGCGUGCUGAUCAAGUUGAUCCGACGGAGCGACUGCUGCGGCGUUCGCACACACUCCGCAACAGCACCGCCACCAGACAGUCUAGACGGACAGUGGCGACGUGCCAUGGAUGCCGAGCAGCGGAAGCGAGUGGCGAUGCACUGUUUCAUGUGGGAUACGCAGCACGCCGUGCUCUUCUCCCAAUCCCUCUGCAUGUCGGCCUUUGAGAUCCGAUCUUCCCUACCCUGUGGGGCCAAUGCCUGGGAGGCAUCUAGCGCCGAGGAAUGGGCGCGGCAUGCCUCGCGAGAAGCAGACCAUCUCUUCCUCUCUGUGCUCAAAGGCUACAUCACUCCGGGGACCAUCUCGCGACCGCGCGAUCUCAACGCCCUCGCGCGCAUCGUGGUACUACACGGGCUGAUGUCGGUUUCCGCCGAUUUGAAAAGACGCGAUCAAACGACGCUUCAGUCCGAGACCCCCGAGCGGGUCGGGGCGUGGACGCUGCGCAUGGGCCGGUCCUACGAUCUGUGGAAAGUCGAUUUCGACGCUGACUGCCUCGCGAUGAAACUUGGCCAGCCUGCGGAUCCGCGCCGCUUCACGGGGCUGAAAACCUCCGCAUACGCGCUCUUCCGCGCGGCUCACCUGGCGCUCAACGUUGAGAUUCUCGACCUGCAGAUUGCCGCGGGCGCGUCUCAAAUACUUGGGCGCGCCGUCACGGCCGACGAUCGCGAACGAUCGCGCCGCAACCUGCCGCGGUGGCUUCAGGGCGACCCGGCAAUUGUGGCAACGCGGCACGCCGCGACGCUCCUGCAGGAAGCCGUGCUGAGUCUCCACGACUGGGACCAGACGGACGCAUUCCACUUCCCGUGGUGUUUGUAUCUGGCGACGCUGGCGUGCUGGGCGUUCCACCGUGGGCUUGACCGAUGCCCGCCGCACGGUCGUCUUACCACUGAUCUGUCGUCGCUGAUCGUGGCCAUGACGACGUGUUCUACGCUGGCGGAGCUGGGUGGUCUGGGAGGAAAGUACGAUCCAACGCCGUUGGUGGUGGCGAUGGCUCAACAGUUGGCGACGGUGCGGUGGGCGGUGGUUCAUGAUGCAAUGAAGGUGUUGGUGAAUCUAUCUACUUAG